AUGGAACAUGUUUGGAGAUUAGUGGUGGUUCUGAUGGUCUCCCAAUUCAGUUUGGUCCGCAGUGAUCAAAAUGUCACCGUGGAGGAGGUACUCAAACCCAUGGCAAUGGCCAUCGACAGCUUCCGUGUAAAUUCAACAGAUAAUGUCAAUGAUAAACUGCGCCGGCAGAUUGAAGAGUCCCGUGAUUGGAAGACAAUUCCAUGUGACAAUUUCCUACACCAUGCCUGUGGCAGUUGGCCAUAUUUUAUGGAAUCACAGGUAUUCGAUGUUCUUCAUAUAAUCGAUGCCAAAUUUAAUGAGGAGUUACGUGAGAUUUUUCAAAAUCAUAAUCCACGAAGGCCGGAAAUGAAUUUUAUGCGACAGGCCCGUAACUAUUAUGAAUCCUGUAUGGCUGUGAUGGCGGAAGGGAAGCCUUUGAAUCCCAUGGAAUAUUUAAAAUGGUUGCAGUACAAUGAAAACUUACAUUGGGUGCCAUAUGGUGGGGAAGUACGAAACCAUUCCAUACACAGAAAUUGGGUAAAAAUGUUGGCCAUAUUCCGGAAAUAUGGUUUGAAUAAUUUCAUAUUGCUGGAGGAGGCCAUGCAACAUCCCUGGAAUAAUACAAAAAUGAUAUUGGCCAUAAAGCGACCCUAUGCCGAUCAUCCCGAACAUUAUUUGGGGCCCUUGGAGAGUGAACAACGGAAAUUUACUUUAAGAAAUAUUUCAGAUCUGGAAAAUCAUCAAAAAUAUGUGGAUUUCGAUUUGCAACUAAAACAGCUGGUGGACUAUCAUACCAAUGUCAGCGCCAGCCAGCCGCAAAUGGUGACAUUUGGCCAAUUGAAACACAUGCAAAUGUCAUGGUUGCAACAGUAUUUAAUUGUGGCCCUGCAUCCGCUGCAAAUUGAUCCUGACUGGGAAGUUUUCAUUGAAGAUGGGAAUUAUUUGAAAACGCUUAAACUUUUCCUAGACGAAGUGGAUGAUGAGAAAUUUUUGGCUCAGUAUUUGCAAUUGAAUUUUCUUAGCAGACUCAGCUAUUCUCAAACCGAUGGUGGCCACUAUGAGUGCAUGCAAAGCACCCGCCACCUGUUUCCCCUGGUCAUGCAGUGGCUGUACAAACAUCAUCACCGCGAAAUAAGUUUUGAGUUUUAUAAAUUACAGCUAUUAUUUUCAAAUUUGAAGAGGAAUUUGAAAAAACGCUUAAAUCGCACUUUGGAAAAUCCAGCUCUGGAGGUGGCUAUAAAUAAAUUGAAUAAUCUUAAAUUGCAAAUCAUAGAUGUCUGGCAACCGGCCAUUGAACACUUGUAUUCCGAUUUAUGGUUGGAUCCUUUCGAUUUUGUAGGAAAUCGUUUGAAACUCCAACACAAACAAGUUCAAAGCCAACACUCCCAUCUGGGUGAUGUGGUACAACGUGGAGCCUUGGAAUUUCUACAGCUGCAGCGUCGUGAUAUUGCCGAAAGUCCAUUGCCUUUUUCUGUGCCUCGGCAAAACUUAAUUGUUCUACCCGUUACGGCUCUACAAUUUCCUCUCUAUCAUCCCCAACUCCAGCAAUUAUUCGUCUACAGUUCGCUGGGUUAUGCCAUGGCCCGUGAAAUUGUCAGCUUCUUCAGCGAUCCCCAACGACAGCAGAUUGAUGCCAAAGGUAAUGUGAAUUUAAAAUUAAGGGAUUAUUUCCAAAAUCUCACCCUAACGGAAGAUCACAAAAUUGCUGGUUUUGCCUUGGAUUUGGCCUACGAAACUCUCAGCGUCAUACGAGCCGUGAGUCGUGAAGAAGUCAAGCUGUUUCUAUUAAAUUUUGCCCAUAACUAUUGCAGUAAUUACAUGAAGUUUGGAGAUAACCUAAAAUUGGUCAACGAAGUAUUUGAAAGGUUCUCAUCAACACGGUGGAAUGUUUUUGGGUGUUAUAAAGAAGAAUAG